UUAUUUGGUUCUUGACAUUCAACCGCUUCAGUUAUAUUUGAUAGAAAACAUGGCAAGAUUAGUUUUUUUUACUCUGUUUUUGUCUUUUGCAGCCUUUUUGUUGGCGUCCGACUCCAAUCUAAAUAAAGUCCCUCAAACCCACAGAGCAGCUGGAGUCUUCCUGCUUAUUGAAGGAGGGGAAUACACCUUUAACUUCACCGCUGCCAGAGCUGCCUGUCUGUCUCUCAACGUCACGAUAGCGACCAGACACCAGGUGGAGCGAGCCCUGAAGCACGGACUGGAGACGUGCAAAUACGGCUGGGUUGUUGAACAGAUCGCAAUCAUCCCUCGACAAAGAUCUGACAGAAAGUGUGGAAGGGGCAAACUUGGGGUGUUGACGUGGUACGCGACUGCAGAUACAGAGUUUGGUGUCUUCUGCAUCAAUGCAUCAGAUAUAGAGAAAACAACAAACAGACCAACAACCAGCGCACAAAGCUCGGCGCCCCCCCCCCACACGGACAGCACUGACACCUGCCACACCUCAUCUCAGAUCCACGCGCAAGACUCCACCUUCAGGGAAACCAACAACAACAAAAGCCCCCGAGCAGACAUCAGCUUUCACUCUCCUCAUGAAAACAACCCUUUCCACGAGGGUCUCCUCCACCUCCACCACUCUGAAGCCUUUCUCCACCCACAUCCCUACUUCUCUUUCUCACCUUCUCACCUCAAAACACACAGGUGUCAGUUCUGCAUCUUCUCCUUCUGUUCACGCCUCCAGCUUCGCAGUUCUCCUCCCAGUCAGCGAUGCCACGGCCGACGAGCUCUGCAAAAGUGGCUCUGCGAGAUGUAUCCACAGCACUCAUCAUUCUUGGCGUCAUCGCUCUGCUCCUGACAGUCGCAGGCGUCGUGCGGUCCUACAAACUGAAUAUUUUCCCGUUUUGCUCAAAGGGGCAGCAGAAGGACGACACAGAGACACAGAUGUGGACGCACACAGACAGUGAGCAGGACCUGCCCAGUCCACAUGAAGAAGAAGAAGAAGAAGAAGAAGAAGAAGAAGAAGAAGAAAGGAAGUACUCCAGUGAAAUCACGCUGUGUGUGAAUCCAGACAUCAAAACAAACUCUUCAGAGUAGCUUCAUGGUAUUUCUGUUUAAUGGAUUACACAGUGUUACCUGAUACAUGUCAGUAAAUGUUUUAUAAAUGCUUUGAUUUGGUUAUUGUACUUUUCAAUGUGGUUGAAAAUAAGUUACUGUUAAUGAGGUUGAAAAGCAGGAAUUAUUCCGUGUUUUUCCCUGUGUUUAAUAUAUCUAUAUAUAUAAUCUUACAAAAUAUUUUUAAUGAAAUUGCUAAAUACAUUAUGUGCUGCUCACUAUAUCCCCUUUUUUUUUAGUGGCUAAUUAUACUAUUAAAAUAAUUUUAUACACACAUUAUAAUUAGAUAGAUCCUCAUCCACACAGCGUUGUGGCGCUAAUGAGCCAUUUAAAUGUUUGCUACCCUAAAAAGAAAUAAAGAAGAACAUGUCACGUGA